AUGGGCACCAUAACGCACCAGGACAACGUGAACCGAAGGAUCCGUACCCAGGAGUACGCGAUGAAGCACAUGAACAGAACCGAUGCUAUCCAGGACGAUGCCUUCAGCUACCGCAGUGACGUCAUCCAGACCUCACUCUACUGCGCCUGCAAGGACUGCCUCAAAUUCUGCUGCUACUCCAAGCCCAUCAAAUGCAUUGAUCCUUACCUCAUCGAUAUGAGGUUCACUUACUGGAUAUAUCAGGGACUGGUAAAAGCCAGCAAGACGCAGACUGCAGUCUCAGGGCCGAGUGCCAACGAGGACGAGCCAAAGGCAAAACGCCGUAAGGUUUAA